CUCGAGUAUUUAUAUAGACUUUUCGUAGUUGAACAGAAGUGAUAUCCGAGCUUUUGAAAUGGCAAGUCUUCGUCUAGCUUUUCAUUUAAUCACCAUCUCCAUUCUCAUCUUCUUCUUAUUAACCAUCUCAACUCCGUCCACCGCCGCCAGAGAAGAAGAAGAUGAACAUGUCUUCGUGAGGAGAAUAGAUCGCAAAUUAAUAGGUCUAAAAAAGAAAGAGAAACUGAGCCAUUUCCGAUUCUACUGGCACGACAUUCUCAGCGGCCGCAAUCCCACCGCCGUGCAAGUAGUUCCGCCGGCGUCGAACACCUCGGCCACACUUUUCGGAUUAAUUAGAAUGAUUGACAACCCAUUAACGUUAAGCCUCGAAAUGAAAUCAUCGAAAAUGGUGGGUAGGUGUCAGGGAUUUUAUGCAUCGGCGUCGCAACAAGAUCUGGGUUUUAUGAUGGUGAUGAAUUUUGCUUUUAGUACCGGAAAGUAUAAUGGAAGCACCAUCACUGUGCUUGGCCGGAACGCCGCGUUGAAUCCGGUGAGGGAGAUGCCGGUGAUCGGAGGGAGCGGGCUUUUCCGAUUUGCUAGGGGAUAUGUUGAAGCUAAGACUCUUAAGUUGGAUAUCCUCACUGGAGAUGCUACUGUUGAGUAUAAUAUUUAUGUAAUGCAUUAUUGAUCAUGUUUUCUUCUGGUUUGUCCUUUUUCUUGUUUUCAUUAUCAUUUCAUAGCUUCUUCAACUCCAUUAUUAUGCUUAAUUAUUGUUUUUUUUUUUUGGGUCCAUAAAUUUGAUUUUAUAAUAAUAUGUACCUUGCGUACAAAUUUUGUAGUCU